AUGAAACAAGCAGCUCCAAUUCGAGACCUUGGAAAUCAACUACAAAUCGAAACACUCGCACCCGGAACUACGAGUUUCUCAUUAAAUGCUAGAGAUGAGAGACACAUAACUCUCGACGAAACAGACAGCCUUCGAACAGAUCGACCAGGUCUCGAGAGAUAUCAGUUGAAUCGGGAUGCAGCCAUUGGAGGUCACUCGUAUGACUUCGCCGAGCUGUAUAUGGAGCAUCGCGAGUGGCAGGAACAGGCGAAAAAAGUCAACCAACGACUCAAUAAUUACGUUUGGCAAAUGACAAAUCUACGCGAAAAUCCAGAGCUCAUGCAUGAGAUACAUGCUCUGAUAGAGCUAGUCGAAGCGCUAAUGCACGAACGAGAUGAGCGAGGCAUUAAAUUCGAAAUUGCUUUGCAUGCUAGAAAAUUAGCAGACGAGGAGGACGCAGAAUUGAGACAGAACGAUGGUAGUUCUUCGGAUACUCCAGUGGAAGUGGAGCCAAGAACAACGAUAACUACUGCAAAUAUGGUGGAGUGGUUUGAGACAAUCUCUGAACUUUGGGAGGAGGAUAGACAGACGGUUGCGAGCAUCCAUGACCCAUAUUAUGCUGUUCGCAAUGGAGAAUAUCCUAACAUCCGAGAAGCGUUGGAGGAUGCUGUCAGCUUAUAA